AUGGCCCAAGAGUUCAAGUACACGCACGGUUACACCGAGCACACACUCUCCACGCACCUACGCCGCCGAGCUGAGGCGGACGCCGGCUUCCUCGUGCCCUACAUCAAGCCGACAGACUACGUUCUCGACGUCGGCUGUGGUCCCGGCACCAUCACCACGGGCUUCCUGAAGUACGCCCUCGAGGGUGCCGUGGUCGGCGUCGACAUUGCGUCCGAGGUCCUGGCAAAGGCCCGUGAGGUCGCCACCGACAACAACAUCCCCCUCCACCCCGAUGACGGCACCGUGGGCAAGCCCGGCGACCGCACCGUCUCCUUCUUGCAGGCCGAUGUCCUCAAGGGCUUGCCCUUUCCCGACAACACCUUUGACGUUGUCUACUGCUCCCAAGUUCUCGGGCAUUUGCCCCCGCCAGACCCUCCGCGCCAGGCCGUCAUCGAGAUGCGCCGCGUCCUCAAGCCGGGCGGUGUGCUGGGCUCACGCGAUGGCUGCGACCAGCACUUUUACCCUCGCGGACUCGCCAUCGACCGCCUGUGGGUGCCGUACCAGCGGCGUGUCCUCUUGCAAAAUGCACCUCCUGGGUACGACAAUUCCGGUGCCGCGACGCCGGCGCUGUUCCGGGCGGCUGGCUUUGAUGCGGACGGCGGAAAGGUCUUGGUCGGGGCAGGCGCACGCGUGUUUUCAGGGCACGAGCAGCGAUCACGUUUGGUGUGGCGGGUCAAGGGUCAGUUGACACCUGGUGGGCAAUUCUACCAGAACUGGCUCGAUGCAGGCAUCAGCAAGGACGAGAUUGAGGAGACGGUGCGGGCGGCCGAGGAAUGGGCCGCGACGGAGGAUGCGUGGUUGUUGUCGUCCGAAGCAGAGACGCUCGGAUGGAAGUAG